CGCGAUUGGGCGUUCUGCCAGCAAGGAACACGGGGCCAUCGCGUCGCCCAGCCGCAUCCUCAAGUCUCAUCCGGCUGCGAUCGUCGUCACGACGAGCUGCCCGCCCUCGCUCAGCUGCCGAGGUCAGACCGCCAUCGCUGCUCGACUGCUCGACGAUGCUGCGAUCGCUCGUCGUCCUAUUCACUGUUGUCACGACAGCACAUGGAUUGGGAUGCAUGGUGAAAGUAUGCGGAGGGAACGAAAAGAAUGAUUUGCGACGGUGUCCGGACGUUGAUGGUUCAUGUGGAAAUUUUCAUAGUGAAAGGUCAAAUGGCGAAAUCGUAGAUGGAGUAGAUAUUCGAUGUCCGGCCAAUGCACCUGUCUACUCACCUAUCGAAGGAGAAAUGUACUUCUGGAGACCCUUUGGUGGAGCCGCAGACAAAUCUUGCGCUGACCACGGUGUACGUAUCGAAGGCACAGGACAGUGGCAAGGCUAUGCUGUGCAUAUCUCAUCAGUGAAAUUGGAUUUCUUUGGAGGCAGAGUGAAAGCUGGGGAAGAGAUUGGAAAGGCAAUUGACAGGAACUGCUUUGAUGACAAAGCGCAAAGAGACGUCGAACCGCAUAUUGAAAUGAAACUCUAUAAAGAAGGCAAACUCAUUGAUCCUACCUAUCAUUUACAGAACUGUAUGUGUACGGGGCAGAUCUGUGAGUCUAACUCCAAAAAUAAGCUUUUGGGAGAGCCAUUCAAGUCUGAUAAGAGAUACAACGGAGUGCGGGGAUGGGAUAUCGAGUGCAGAAUGGUAGAAGAUGAAGAAGGUGGAGAGAAACGAGCGCCCCUGAUUUACUCUCCUAUAGCUGGAGAGCUUGUUGGAAGAACUCGUUUGGUAUUCGAUCAAAAUGGAGCUUACUCGGGUUGCGAUAACGACGGAAUGUUCAUAGUAGGUACAGGAGAUUGGAUAGGAUUCGAAGUACGUCUUUACAAUGUAAGAACCAGGGAAGACCUUGGAUUUGGGCGAAAGCGAAUCGUGCAAGGUGAACCGAUAGGAACACGACUCGAAUGUGAUAGCAGCCCUGACAGCAUUUUCCUUGAGGUUCGCUAUCAAGGUCGAGUGGUCAACAUUAGUGACGUAAUAUCAGCCGAAAAAUGUCAAUUGCCGCAGUUACCUGAUUUAUUCAGAUAGAAUAUUUUCUGUACAUUAGCAUACGUAAUUUCUGUUACUCCUCACAAAUGCUCAGAACUACAAAGUGAUCCUCUCAUAUGUUAAUAAAGCUUUUGUAUACGCAGUUCGAUAUGUCGCCCAGCUUUUUUA